GUAGGCGUUUGGAACUGUGUGCCGAUUCUCCAGUUAGUAUUUCUUUUGCGUCACCGGCAUAUGCUUAUCUAAUUAAAUAAACAACUCAGCGAUGGACUGAAGGGCGAACUCUGCGCGGCAAGAAGUCAGCUAAUCCGAGAACUAUUAUCGAUAUUACAUAACUACAUCGCGCGACAUACAGACAAAUUUCGGGUGACCAUUCGGUGGUUAAAUCGAGCACGCACUUAUUUGUUGGCGCUGCCAUGCGUUAUACCGAACGCCGGUUUAUUGACGCUUCGCUGCUCGAGCGUAGGGGCGAUGAGGAAGCGAACGCAGUUGAAAACGUCACUUACGUAACGAAGGAAACGAUAUACAAACGUAAAAAGUGCACCAUACUGCUCGUGAUUCUGGUGACCUGUGCCAGCUUUCUGGGUAUCGUGCAUUUGUUAAGUAAUGUGCCCGAGUUUAAUCAGUACAGAAUAUUACGCGCCUAUCAACGUCAAAUUCGAAAUGAAGCAAAAGCUGUCGAAGCCGGCCGACCGCGCACCAUACUCUUCUGGAAUAGUUUUUUCAAAAAUAAACGUUGGGGUUUCGACGAGGAUACGCUUGGUCCAGACUACUUUCGCGAUAAAAUGAAUUGUCCGGUGUAUCGUUGUGAUUUGACGAAUAACCGCGACUUUUUGCCCGCCAUUGAAAUGUACGAUGCAGUGCUCUUCCAUGUGGCCGAACCGUUUCCUCUUUUGUAUUCCGCGCCGCGCGUACGUGAACCGCAUCAGCUAUACGUGUUUGCUUUAAUGGAACCGCCGGGCGAGACUAAACAUGUACUCACCGAUGAGGGUGGCUUCUACAACUUGACUAUGAGUUACAGACUCGAUUCGGACCUGCUGUGGCCCUAUCAAAUGUUCGAAGAUAUUGAAACAGGCGCGGUAGUGGCGCCGGCGAUUCGGCCCAAGUGGCGUCAAACACCGGCCGUGUGGAAUGACACGAACGUUUCGCAAUUAUGGGAGGGUAAAACUCGUAUGGCUGCUUGGUUUGUGUCGCAUUGUGAGACGUUGUCGAAACGUGAAAAAUUGGCAGCGGCAUUGCAGAAGCACAUACCCGUGGAUAUUUAUGGGAAAUGCGGCAAUUUCAGCUGUCCUUACACCUCAAAUGAAUGUGAUGAACUAUUGGACAAAAGUUACAAAUUCUACUUUUCCUUCGAGAAUUCGUUGUGCAAUGAUUAUGUGACCGAGAAGCUGUAUAAUGCUAUGAAACGCUAUGUGAUACCAGUUGUAUUUGGUGGCGCCGAUUAUAGUCGCUUCGUGCCACCACACUCGGUGAUAGAUGCUGAAGAUUUCGAAAGCGCUGCAGAGCUUUCUGCGUACCUUCGUUAUGUGGCCACGCAUCCGGAGGAGUAUAUGCGUUACUUCUGGUGGCGACGCUACUAUCGCCUGACUUUUCGUUCACCAUUUUGUGAUCUCUGUGCGAAGUUGCACAGCGUGUCUUUUAGGCAGAAAACACAAACAUAUACAGACAUCGAGAAGUGGUGGAUGGGUGAUCAGUGUCGUUUUGAGGCUAAAAUUGGUUUGUAAUGUGCAGAAAAAGGUGCAUAAAUUUAUGUAAAUAAAGUGCAGUUAUAUAAUGUAUGCCUGUA